CUUUUUAUGGCUAACAUACCCUAGUAAUAAUAUUCAACACCAUCAAAUUUACCUUCAUAUAAUCGAGAUCAAUCAACUUACUAAUAACCUACAUUAGGAUAAUAAUAAGUUCCUUAGGGUAAUUAUUAAGGUUAACCAUCUGGAGAGAAAGGAUUACAAUACUUGCCUUAGUAAGCAGUUGGUCAACCUUAAAAUGUAUAAACAUAAUAAUUAUAUGGACUACCAUAAUAAGGGUUAAUCGGAUAACCACAAACAGGAUUGAUAGGACAACCAUAAUUAGGAAUGGUUGGAUAGCCUCAAAUAGGAUUGGUUGGAUAAUAAUAAGCAAUUCAGCAACCUUUAUUUGGAUAAUCAUAAAUUUAACAACUUUAAUAAUAAACAGUUGAAACUUAAUAGGGUCAAGUAGUAAAGGGAUAAUCAAGAAUUGAAUAUAUUCCAUAUGAGAGAACAGUAACUGAGUAUGAAGAAGUGAGAAGAUAAGUUCAAGUUCCAAUCACUAAACAAGUCACUGAUUAUUAUGCAGUCCAAUAUGACAUAGAAUACAUUCCAUAAGUUGUUUAAGAAAAACAGAUUGAAUAUGUACCAGUUGAAAGGUUUGCUGAAAGAACUGAAUAUUACACUGUUGAAAGAUAAAACAUAAUAUAAUAAGUAUUAAUUAUUUAUAUUUACCUUAGCCUAUUGGAUAUUAAUCAUCAUAAGUCUAAACAUCUACUGCCUAUACACCAGUAUAAACUUAGUAAUUAACUUAACAAUAUACACAAUAUGUUCAACCUUAAUAAACUGUUGCAUAUUAAUAACCACUCUAAAUUUAAUAGUAAUAUUAAACAAGAGAAGUUAUUCAAUAACCAGUUGUUCAAUAAUCAUAUGUCUAAUAAAGAGAAAUCAUUACCUAACCAUAAGUCUAAUAAUAAGUAGCAUUACAACCCACAAUUCCUACCACACAAUAUUUACCAUCAUAAUAAUAUCAAACUAUUCAAACAGCUCAGCCAUAAUUAUAAAUUGCUUAAGUACUAUAAUAAUUUUAUUUAGACUGUUCCCUUGAAUUAUGCACAAUCAAUUUAAACUGUUUAAACUCCUUAAUAAUAAGCUACUGUAAAUCCUCCUUAAUAAACAGUUAAUUCUAUUUCUCAAGGUUAUUCUAUUCCUAUGACUUCUGCUCAAGCUCCCUAAUAUUCUUUAUAUGGAUAAUAAUCUCUUGGUCCUCAGCAAACUAAACCCUAAUAGACUUUAACCUAAACAACAUAAUAUAAUCCUUAAUUGUAAUAGACUGUAGCACCAUCUUAAGUAUUUAUUGUUUAUUAAAAUUUAGUUUGCUUAAUCUGCCCCCUAAUAAUAAUAAUAAUAAUAAUAAUAAUAAUAAUCAAUUCCUUAGGAUAUGGGAAGAACUAGGCCAUAUCAAUAAGGUCAGUUGCCUCAAUAACCAUCAUAACCUCAAUAAACAGGUACUGCAUAAAAAUCAAAUAAAGAGAAAUCGUUCUUGGAGAAAUUAUUCGAUUGAUUAUUUUUGCAUAAAAU